GUCUGUAGUCUCUUGUUUUUUCUACUGACCGCAGUCUCUGGUAAUCUCCUUUACUGUCUGCAGUCUCUGGUCAUCCCCUGCACUGUCUGCAGUCUCUGGUCAUCUAUAUAUGUCCGCAGUCUCUGGUCAUCUCCUGUACUAUGUCCACAGUCUCUGGUCAUUCCCUGUACUAUGUCUGCAGUCUAUGGUCAUUCCCUGUACUAUGUCUGCAGUCUCUGGUCAUCUCCUGUACUGUGUCCACAGUCUCUGGUCAUCACCUGUACUACUGUGUCCGCAGUCUCUGGUCAUCCCCUGUACUGUGUCCGCAGUCUCUGGUCAUCCCCUGUACUGUGUCUGCAGUCUCUGGUCAUCCCCUGUACUGUGUCCUCAGUCUCUGGUCAUCCCCUGUACUGUGUCCGCAGUCUCUGGUCAUCCCCUGUACUGUGUCCGCAGUCUCUGGUCAUCCCCUGUACUGUGUCCGCAGUCUCUGGUCAUCCCCUGUACUGUGUCCGCUGUCUCUAGUCAUUCCCUG